ACCUAGAAUUGCAACAAUUUAAUUGGGUAAACAUGAAGAUCUAAUAUGAACAAUACAAAACUUGUAUUUGUGUUCUUGUUGUUGUUUGUCGGUUGCUUUUUGUUGUUCAGCAACAAGUUACUGACGGGUGUAACAACGAAAGUGGAAAAUACAAUAACACUCGAGAAAAAAGAAGAACCUACGAGGCUGAAUACAGAAACAGACUUAAAAACUACAACAACUACAACGACAACAACAAGCACAACAACAACAACAACUACACCAACUACAACAACAAGUACAACAACGGAAAAUGUUAUUGUUGAGAAACAAACAGAACUGUCUCUAAUCAAAAGUAUAAGCACGACACCACAAGCAGAGAAGAAACCAACAUGGAUACUUAUGUGGCGACCGCCAUGGGGCUUGACCUCGGAGGGACGGAAUGAGGGGUUCAAGGCUGGCGAUUGUAUUCUAACUUAUAAUAGAUCAAGGAUAGAAGAAGCAGCAGCUGUUGUGUUUCAUUAUUCCGGGCUUGAUAAAGACACGAUGCCGUGGCAACAUUAUAGAGGGCGGGAGCAGUUCUACGUUUUCUUCAGCAUGGAAGCGCCGUCAUAUGUAAAGCACGGUGAAAAUCGUGCAAUGGACAAGUUCGAUAACGGGUUUAUAAACUGGACGAUGACGUAUAGAAGCGAUAGUGACGUAUUCUGUCCGUACUUUGAAUCCAAAUACGCGAGAGAAGUAUUUGCAAGAGAUGAAGCAUGGCUGAAUACAACGUUGGCGGACGAAGUCCAGAGUUGCGUUAUGGGUUGUGAGUAACUGUGAAUUACUUCGCGGGUCGCGACUUCGAAUGGAUUACGUCACAAAGAUGGUAGAAGCUGGAUUUCCGGUCGACAGAUUCGGGCAUUGUUUUAAAAAUAAAGAAGAAUUUUCCAGCUUAUCAGAAAAGCAACUACAAUCGUACAAGUUCUAUUUGUCAUUCGAGAAUGCGGAGCAUUGUAAAGAUUAUGCUACCGAAAAGUUCUGGAGAAAUGGUAUUCAAUAUGGGAGAGUCCCUGUUGUUUGGGGGCCAAGCAAAAAGGACAUUGAAUAUCUGGCCCCACCUGGGUCUUUUAUCCACACAGAAGAUUUUGAAAGCCCGGCCAAGUUGGUUGAAUAUCUUUUAUAUCUUGAUAAGAACGAUACAGCAUACAGGGAAUAUUUUAACUGGGUUCGAAACCCAGGAGAGGGAAUGGAAAGAAUUAAAAAACUUUAUUCACGAACCAGAGAAGAGGUUCUAUGUGAUAAACUGCUGUCCAAUCCAACAGAAAACAUCCAUUCUUCAAUGACAGACUUUUUUUACAAUUCCGAACCUACCGAAUGCUUAGCAUAGAAAACAUCUCCGAAUUUUUUUAAAUAGAAAAAACAAUUUUUUGAAAUAGAAAAUAAAUGGAGAAAGAAAAAUUGUUUUCACAUUGUUAUUGAUUCUCUGUAAUGCAACAAUGUUCAAACAACUCAUAUUUUACAAAACCAAUGUUAAAACUGUUAAACGUAUAGUGUGUGUUUAUUAACAGUUUAGUAGUAACUAUGUAUAAAUGUGGUACAUUUUUUGACCAGUGAGACAGCCAUAUUACAUCUUCAACAUUUACCCCAUUACCACUUUAUUAGCUUUAAAUCUUCACCUAAUUUUAUGCAUUUUUUUGUGUUCAGGGGGUUGGUUUUAAUAUGCAUGGUACUUUUUAAAUGUUUAUAAUUUUUGUUUGUAAAUUUUACUGAUAUUUUGUUAGCUGCACUUUAUCGCUUGUAUUUAAGCUACUCAACAUAAGUUGAUGUCUUCAAAAUAUCAAAGUAGGACCUGGUAGGCUUUAUUGGCAAAAUAUUACUUUUAUAAAAAAGUGUUGCUUAUUUACCUUCUCGUGGCAAAUAAACAACAUUUAAUAU